CCUGCACACUGGGGGCCCCAGCCUCUGAGCCUCAUUAAUGAUGGAGUUUGGCAGACACAGUGUUGAGGAGGGUAGAGGGCAACCGGCCUCUGGAGUGGGGGCCUUACCCGAGGGAGGUGGAGUGGCCCAGAGCAGGGAGGAGCAGCUCCCUGCCAGCUCUCCCUGGCGAACUGUCCUCUGAUUCUCCAAAGACCCCUCGUCCCAGCUUCCCCCUGAAGGGACGGAGGGGCAGGCUCCAAGCAGCUGCUCUCUGGGCCAGGCCAACUAGGGCUGGAGUUGGUUUCUGGGCUUAUUCUCACUGGAAGCCAUGGCAGCUUCUGGAGGUGGCAAGGUGGGGCUCCGUCGGUUCCACUGCCUGGAGGGAGCCCUCAUUCCAGGGGUGAACUGGCCUUGAUCCAUAGCCUCAACAGUGAGCUCUCCUUCAGUGUGGGGACUCCAAGACUGGAGGGGCUAGUGGGUGGCAGAAGCCAUGGGGGCCUUCCCCUCAAGGAAGCAUCCGGAACCUGAGGCCACAUGAGCCCUGUGCCCUGUGGGCUGCUGGCCUGGCUGGUGCCUGACCAACAGGGCAUCAAGUGCUCACAGCCAAAGGCCCGAGGGUGUGGGGCCCAUAUUCGGUCCAGACCUGGGGAUAAAGGCUGCAUUGUUUGAGCAAAGCUCUGUGAAUGGGGCCUUUGAGAUGGAUUUCCACCAUAGCUGCAAGCCUGGUUGUGGUGUUUUUGGAGACAGCAGGGAGUUCGGGAGUUGAGGGCAGGGCAGGAGCCCCUUGGGCUGGGAAUGGCCGCUGGAGGAGCUGUCCUGUGUGGGGAGGUUGGAUGGUGAGGGGACUCUGCGCUGCUCACCAGGCUCCCUGGCUCAGGCUCAUUCCAGACCCUGGGGUCUGCUCUCCUCAGCCACCCCUCCUCAACAGCUCCUAUUGCCUCACCUGUGGAACUGGGCCAGGAUCUGUCACCACAGGGUCAGGGGCUCUCUGGGAUCUGGCCACAGGCUGCCUUCUGCACUCCGUCUUUCUGGGCAUGGCCCUGGCUCCAUCCAUCCUGGGGCACUCCCUUCCUGUCCACAUCUAAACAUUUCUGGUAAACCCUUCUGGCUUUCCAGCAGCCCCAGCCCAGGCUUCUGGGGCAGCCAUCUGUGUCACCCUGUCUCCGUGUGGCCUACUGCUCUGGGUUCUCCUAUGAGGCAUCUCUGGAAGCAUCUGUGGAUCAUACUCAGGAAAGAGUCAUUUUCCAAAAGAGGAAAACCUGUGCCCAGGAAGGUAGUGAGAGAAGAUGGAGUGAACCUUGACCAUGCCCAUGUGUGGCCUGCCUGGAACGGUUCAUGCUGGUGUCUCUGUCCUCGCCGGGACACGGGGAGUGGUGAUGGUUUCUAGAAUUGACGGCUGGGGGCUUCUGGGAGAGUCCCAGGGUCAGCGCAGUGACCGUGGCCUCUGUGCAGCACAGGUGCAGGAGAACUCCCCCGCCCAGCAGGCAGGCCUGGAGCCCUACUUCGACUUCAUCAUCACCAUCGGGCACUCAAGGCUGAACAAGGAGAAUGACACGCUCAAGGCCCUACUGAAGGCCAAUGUGGAGAAGCCGGUGAAGCUGGAGGUGUUCAGCAUGAAGACCAAUAAGGUUCGCGAGGUGGAGGUGGUGCCCAGCAACAUGUGGGGCGGCCAGGGCCUGCUGGGCGCCAGCGUGCGCUUCUGCAGCUUCCGAAGGGCCAGCGAGCAUGUGUGGCACGUGCUGGAUGUGGAACCCUGUUCCCCUGCCUCCCUCGCUGGCUUGCGCCCCUACACCGACUACGUGGUUGGCUCAGACCAGAUCCUCCAGGAGUCCGAGGACUUCUUCUCACUCAUUGAAUCCCAUGAGGGGAAGCCCUUGAAGCUGAUGAUUUAUAACUCCGAGUCCGACUCCUGCCGGGAGGUGACUGUCACUCCCAAUGCAGCCUGGGGAGGAGAGGGCAGCCUGGGCUGUGGUAUCGGCUAUGGGUAUCUGCACCGGAUCCCAACCCAGACUCCCAGCCACCACAAGAAGCCAUCUGGUGUCCCACCACCUGGUGUCCCGCCACCUGGUAUCCCGCCACUUGGUGUCCUGCCGCCUGGUGUCCCGCCGCCUGGUGUCCCGCCGCCUGGUGCCCCACCACCUGGACCCACCCCGCAGGACUCUCCUGCCCCUUCUGGCCUGGAGACAGGCUCCAGGCAGGGUGACUACGUGGAGGCCCUGCUGCAGGCACCUGGCUCCUCCAAGGAGGAACAGCUCCCUGGGCCCAAGAGUCCUGGCCAUGGCACUCCAGACCUUGGCGACCUUCCCCGUUCCAUGGAGAUUCCUCUUCAGCCUCCGCCUCCACUGCAGCGAGUCAUGGACCCAGGCUUCCUGGACGUGUCCGGCAUCUCCCUCAUGGACAGCAGCAACACCAGUGCCUGGUCUGGGCUGCCCUCCUCCACAGAGCUGACCUCCACUGCGGUCUCAGCCUCAGGGCCGGAGGACGUCUGCUCCAGCAGGGGUUCUCGUAAGCGUGGUGGUGAGGCCACCUGGUCUGGGUCAGAGUUUGAGGUCUCCUUCCCAGACAGCCCAGGCGCCCAGGCGGACCACCUGCCUCAGCUGACACUUCCUGACAGCCUCACCUCUGCAGCCUCACCAGAAGAUGGGCUGUCUGCUGAGCUGCUCGAAGCCCAGGCUGAGGAGGAGUCAGCAAGCACAGAGAGCCCAGAUUUUGGGGCACAGGCUGAGGGGGCAGCCAGCCAGGCACAGCUCUCCCCCCCAGAGUAACACCCCAGGCACUAAGAAGGGCCUCUGAUGGCAUUUCAUGAGGCCCAGAAGUGGGAGGCAGCUCAGGCCACACUGCGUGGCCAAGCCCCCUGCAUUACGCUUCCUAGGCUGCUGCUGACAGGGGGUGGGGGGUGGCGUGGCUUGUGUCCACUCAGACGCUACUGGUCUCCAAGAGGUGACCUCCCAGCAUUCAUUCUGCCUGAUGGUCCCUGUCCUGCCUUUGGGGAAUUGGCCACUUGUUUGAGAAUCUCAAGUACUUUUGGGGUAGUAGGGGCUGGGAGUAGCACCCAGGUUAAAUAAGUUCUCCAGGAGAUAGGGUCGGAGAGCAAAGGAUUCUUUGCCGCUCGGGUAGGGUGUGGAACUUCAGUGGCCGCGGGCCUUGGGGAAGGGCAUCUUUUGGCCACGUACCCACUGCUUGCUCCUGCUCUGUGGGUGCACAGAAGGUAGCAGAGUCCAGGCACCAUGAGGUGUGAAGAUGGGGUGAGGGACGAAGGGGUUGGUGUGGAGUGUUUGCCUAAUCGCUCUGUAGGGCUUGCAGUGAUUCUUUCCACAGAGCUCAGCCAGCUCUAUCUGUAAUGAAAGGCACCCCAAGCCCUGGGGACCCCUGCCGCUCCAAUUACUGUCUCACUCUGUGCUACACAGCACAGUUGGCUCAUGCUAACCACAUAUUCCAGCCAUGGUUGGAGGAGAGGCAGUGAACUUGCCCACCUCUUCUGAGGGAGGAUGGUUGGAAAUUCUAGGCCCUUCAGCACACUCACCUGUGCUUGGACCACGAUGCUUCUUCUUUGCCACUGUCUACACCCCACAGACCUGGGGACACACAAGUGUCUCCAGUUGUGACUCCUGUCAGCUCCCAAACUUUUACAACCAUCUCUUCUAAAUAUAGAAGUCAUCCAGCCAGCCCCAGUGGUGAGUAAAAGUUACAAAUUUAAUUUCACCAUCCUAAGCAGACUCUUAGAGCCAGUCCUCCCGACUGGAGUUCUUCACACACAGCUCCCACUCCAAGGGGAGAUGAGGGGCCUGGACAAGAUUGGGUAGGGGCCCUUCUGUUCUUUCCUGUAGUAUAGGAGAGGGCUGUUCCCCUCACCUCCAGUGCCUUGGGAGGCUAAGACUAGGUCGAGUCUUUUGCUCUGCCUGGUUCCUGCAGGAAGAGGAGGGCUCCAUCCAGGGAUGGCCCCUCAUCACUUGAAGUCCUCUCCUCUUUGGCUAGAGUCCCUCACCUUCCCUCAGCCCUCGCGGAGUACCGUGAAAGCUGCCUCUAGCCUGGCCUUCUACUCUCGGCCCAGUCGAAAGUCCCACCUUUACCAUUUGAUUUGGAAUGUGUGCACUUACAGGGAAUUCAGAGCUCUCUUAGGCUCAUAGGACGAGGACUGUAUGCUCUGGGGGGCACAGACCAAGUAUAUGGAGGGAGGGCCCCAAACCAGCAAACACUUCGCUUCUAGCACUGUGACUACAUCUAAAAAGCAAGUCUUUGUCAAGUCUACCAGAGCAGCUGAUAAGCCCACAGAACAGGGAGGCAUUGUGUCCAAAGCCAGUGCUGGAGCCUGGUUCCUGGACUGUCUGGGAGCCCAGUGCAGCAAUCCAGGAAGUAGAAAAGAAUCACCAUGGGCCUGUUCUGAGGCCAGCUUCCCUUCACUGUAGCCUGGCAGUCCGACCCAGAGUCACCCUCACCCAAGGGACCUGGUUCUUCCCUCCCUCACUUUCACACACUCCCCUCCUUAAAUUGGGGGAUAAAAUGGAUAGCAAUGCUAAUUAUUUCCACGGUAAACACAAAACCAGAAGUUUCUUCCUUUCUCUGUAAUCUGCUAUGAAGGAAAAUGACAAGUGAAAAUAAAUGUGUACUUACACUUUGAAA